AUGGAGAGUCACCUGCCUUGCUCUGAAAAGAAACAUCCAGUGCCUUGUUCAGGUAUUCCCAAAUUCUGUCCCGCAGUGUUUGACAAGCACUACAUCAACCGGAACUUCGACCGCACGGGGCAGAUGUCUGUGGUGAUCACCCCCGGCGUGGGCGUGUUCGAGGUCGACCGGCUCCUCAUGAUCCUGACCAAGCAGAGGAUGAUUGACAAUGGGAUUGGUGUGGAUUUGGUGUGCAUGGGAGAGCAGCCCCUGCAUGCUGUACCACUCUUUAAGCUCCAUAACCGCUGUGGCCCCGGGGACUCCCGGAUGGGUGAUGACUACAAUAUUCCACACUGGAUAAAUCACAGUUUCUACACCUCCAAAAGCCAGCUCCUGUGUAACAGCUUCACUCCACGGAUCAAGCUGGCAGGAAGGAAG